CUGUCAAUCCCCUCCCCUAACCAACAUGGACGAUCCGGAAGCAUCGGUUGAUCCUUUGAUCGGGAGAUCGGGAGAUCGGUGCUGAUCAUACAUCAGCCACUUUCGCUACUAUUGAUUCCACACCACGCCCUCCUCUAAUUGAUACGCCAUCCCUAUUUGAUAUGGCCAGCUAUUCGCCCCAAUACCCAGAUACCUUCACCGACGCGGCCCUCCGGCAGUGGAUCAUCGACUACUACUCCACAGUCGACACCGACGGUGCCGUCGAGUCCAUCGCGGACUUCCUCACUGACGAUGCCACUUUCACGCUGGGUGUGCAAGGAGCCACAGGACGACCGGAUAUCAUAAAGCUUCUCCAGUCCAGCUGGGACUUUGUCCGCUCGCGCAGUCACACCCUCGAGAAGGUCUUUCCCUUCGGCACCAAUCCUGACUCCCUCAUGAUGUAUGGCACUGUCACCUAUAGUCUCAAGGAUGGGCGCACUAUACCCAUUGAGUGGUCUGGUGUGUUGGAUAUGGCCAAGGUUGAUGAAGAGUGGAAGAUGAGAUCGUAUAAGGUGUAUUUUGCGGCGGCUCCAGCUUUUUAGCAGCUGCUUUCCUACAAGGAAAACCAUCAAUGGAAGGGAUGGAUAGGAUGAGAGACUGUGACGGUCGAUCAGAGUGCAUUAUAUUUUCAUGAGAAGUCAAUGUCCACAUGAAAUACUGGGUAUUCAGCGUAGGGAGAUGUAUGAUAUGCAUCGUAUCACUUGAUAGGCCGUAUAUCCCUCAACUCACAGCUGUAUAUCACACCCAGAAAAUAGCAUUGGGAGAUUGUCGACAGUUUCUGUAAUAAUCAUGAAGUAGAUCUUGAAAAAGAUACGACCCAUAUUAUGGAUGCACAAUUGGAACUCUGUCCCAUAGUAACUACCACAAGCUCAGCUGGAGAUAUUCUCGACUUCAUGUGCCUGACCGGUGAUUUUCCAAAGAAAAGUCAC